AUGCACACGCAGGACAAGAGCGGCUUCGGGGUCGCCCACGACUUCCACGGGGCCCUCAAGGAAGACGCGGACUUUCCCAUUCUCUGCGAGACUUGCCUCGGCGAAAACCCUUACGUCCGCAUGCAGCGCGACCGCAACGGCAAGGAGUGCCACAUUUGCUCCCGCGCCUACACCGGCUUCAGGUGGAAGCCGGGCCCGAAGGCGCGCUACAAAGGAACUGUCAUUUGCCAGCAGUGCGCGAAGCUGAAGAACGUCUGCCAGACUUGCCUCUUCGACCUCGAGUACGGGCUGCCCGUCCAGGUGCGGGACAAGCUGCUGGGUUCGAGCCGAGUGAGUCUGCCGGAACACCCGGUGAACCGGGAGUACAUGAACGCGCGUUUGGGGGACAGCGAGGAGCUGCUGCCGUACGGCCGCAGCGAGCUGCAGCAGCAGCAGCAGCAGCAGCAGCAGCAGCAGCAGCUGCUGCGCUUCGCCCGCAGCAGCCCCUACUACCGCCGCAACUUGCCCCGCGUUUGUUCUUUCUGGAAGAAGGGCCUUUGCACGCGGGGCGCCGAGUGUCCUUACUUGCACCAGGAGCUUUACACGGACGCCACUCUUGCUUCCCAGAACAUCCGAGACAG